AUGCCUUCCAGCACACUCUCCUCCCCACCCUACAGAUCCUCCUCGUCUGCCUCAUCCGAGUCUGGAUGCUCGACGGCGACGUCCCCUGUUGCCGGAUACCGACACAGCAUGGACCCGGCGCCCCGGCCUGUUGCCUCUGUCGAGAUUCUGCGCUGCAUGCGCUGCGCUCGGUCAGUGGAAGCUACGUCGACGGAUGACCUGAGCACCACUGGCAUGGUCCGCAUCGCCCACAACCUGUACUACUGCCAACGUUGCGCAAAGAUGGUCGGGUACAAACGGGCAUCCCAAUGA